GUCACCAAGGGAAAUGGCCACGCAAGCGGUUGGAAUCAUAACAUUGCAUUAAAGUCUCUUUACUGUGGCUCCUGUCGUUUAAUAUCAGCUGUUUAAUUUAACUUCUCUCGUGGCGGAUGUUUCUAACCACCUCUGAGAACCGGAAGUGACCGGAAAAGUUAAACAUUUAGCGCGUGCUGCUGUGAAAUGAAAACAUGUUGCUGGUCGAUGUGAGAGCUAACCGACAGCAGCAGCAGCAGCUAGCUAACACACGGCUGUCCGUCUGUGGUGUCUGUCACCGUGCAAAAUGACAAGAAGACGAGUGAAGCAGUGACACUCAGCUCACAGCAUGUGACACACACACACACACACGCACGCACGCACGCACAGGCUGAUAUAAAGUUGGUGUUAAAGAUGCCUCGUCUGGAGGAGUUGGCCAACGUCGCCCUGAGGGUGCCGAGCAUCCUGGUGCUGGACCUGCUCUAUAAAUGUGACAUUGAAGGGUUGACGGAGCACCUCAAGGCCAAGAAUGAAGACAUGCUCUUCAAGUACAAAUAUGUCAUCUGGAACAUGUACUACAUCGGUCAUCUGAUAAACGUGGUGGUUUUGGUUCUGCCGCUGAGACACAUUGUGACACUCUACCUCCAUAUCCUCGCUGCUCUCCUCCUGUACAUGGGCCAUCAGAUUUCAAAGGAGUACGUCCGUGAGGAGCUGCAGUACGGUUAUGAAGGAGCAGUUUAUCUUGACUCUCUGGCCUUCAACAGAUUUGUCUCAGCGAUGACCAGUCAGAUUAUUCUCAGCACGCUGUGUGCCUUCCUGAUGAAGACCAGAAAGGUGUGGCUCUUCUCUGCUCACAUGCUCCCCCUGCUGGCCCGACUCUGCGCUGUUCAUCACGCCACGCUCUUAACCGUCAGCACGUUCUCCAUGGGACUGACCGGAGCGGGCAUCACCGUGUUCCUCCUCUCACAUCUCUUUGUGCCAUAUCGCCUGGCGAAGGCGGCAUACUCAGAGCUGCUGCAGCUGGAGGUGAUCGAGCUGUACAGACUUCUGGCUGUGGGGAUCUCUCUGUGGAACCAGUUUGCCGUUCCAGUGCUCUUCAGCGUCUUCUGGUUUGUUCUGUUUGUCGUCCAGCUGUGCUCAGACGCCAUGUCAGGCAGCGUCUCCGCAGGCCAUCAGGGAAUCAUGUUCUUCCUGCUCACAAGUGUUUCUGAAUGUUGUGCCACACCAUACUCUCUUCUGGGUCUGACCUUCGUGGUGUCGUAUCUCGCUCUGGGACUGCUCAACCUAUGCAAGUUCUACCUGGGAGGUUACGCAGCUGUUCAGAACGAGAACGUCAUGCACAGAGGUGUGACCGAGGGCGUCACUCUGCUCCUGCUCGCUCUUCAGACAGGCCUGUUAGACAUGCAGGCUCUGCAGCGCACCUUCCUCCUCAGCAUCAUCCUCUUCAUCGUGGUGACUUCAACCCUGCAGUCAAUGAUCGAAAUAACUGAUCCAGUCAUUCUGGCGCUGGGUGCAUCUCGUAACAGGAGCAUGUGGAAACACUUCCGAGGCCUCAGCAUGUGUCUGCUGCUGCUGGUGUUCCCCGUCUUCAUGGCUUAUAAAAUCUCCCAGUUUUUCCACAUGGACUUCUGGCUCCUCAUACUGGUGUCCAGCUGCAUGCUGACCUCCCUUCAGGUUACGGGCACGAUGCUGAUCUACUCCCUCUUCAUGGUGGAGCUGUUCCGCAGCGACCCGAUCGAGAGCCUAGACGAAGUCAUCUACUGGGUGAACGCCGUCAGCAGAGUGCUGGAGUUCGUGGUGGCGCUCUGCGUGGUGGCGUAUGGCACCUGGGAGUCGCUGUUCGGCGAGUGGAGCUGGAUGGGCGCCUCUGUCAUCAUCAUCCACUCUUACUUCAACGUUUGGCUCAGAGCUCAGUCCGGAUGGAGGAGCUUCCUGCUCAGACAGGAAGCGGCUAAGAAGAUCAACUCCCUCCCCAAAGCCACAGCUGAACAGCUGCAGCAGCACAACGACGUCUGUUCCAUCUGCUUCCAGGAAAUGACCUCUGCCGUGAUCACAUACUGCGGACAUUUCUUCCACGGCAACUGCCUCCGCAAGUGGCUGUACGUGCAGGAGACCUGCCCCAUGUGCCACCAAACGGUCCAACCCACCCCGACAGGUCCGAGCCCGGCUCCAGGUGACGCUCCAGCUGCUCCAGCUCAGGAAGACGCAGCACCAGAUCCGGCUGCACAACAAGAGGGAGAUCAGAACCAGGACAAUGGCACAUCCCAAGAGAUGCAGAGCGAUGCUGCAGCUUCUGAACCCACUGAGCAGCAGGAGGAGACUAAAAGCUUCGAGGACGGAGACUGUGGGACAGAAGAUGAAGAGGAAGCUGUCCAUGGUCUCCGGUUCAGCUCCAGUGGAGACUUUGUUGGCUUUGUCAGCCCAGUGUCGAGCUGCUCCUCAGGGGGAGAUUCAAACUCCCAUGUGCCACUGGGUGAAACUCCUAACAUGCACAACGAGGGUGAGGUGAGCGGUAAGGACUCACCGCUGCCAUCGACUCUUAAUGAGAACACAGUUGAGGACCAAUGUGACUCCAAUGGAGCAGAACUUAAAGACAGCAGUACUUCCUGUCCCAUAGUGGCACAAAAUGGCGAUGAUAGCUGUGAAGGGACGCCUGAAUCAUGUCACAGCCUUGAUUCACCAGAAUCAAACACAAAUCUGGAGGCGUCUGGUGUGCGCCUCAUCGAUAGCCAAACAUCUGUCAAAUCAUGUAAUAAAAACUCAGAACUCUUAGACGGCACUGACGAUCCUCUCAGUCAUAAAGGUAACGGCACAUGUUCGCACUCGGACCUGGACGGGCUCAGAGAGGCUCAGACUGUCCCACAGACGCCCCGGCCGUCCUCCUCAGACGCCACCGUCUCUUGCACAAGCACAGACAACAGUGACUGACUGCCCUGCGUCAAUCAGUGCCUUGGGAGGGUGUGAAAGGUUGAUCUUCCACGACGGGGAACGAAACACAUUUGCCUUCUUCCUGUGAACCAAUCAGAACGUCUUUUACCAGACAGUGUCAUGAAUGUGAUCAGUUUGGAAAAUAACACGUCUGGACUGAAUAUAGAAAUU